AAUCAAAUUCAUCUCAAAUGACUACUGUUUCAAAAUUGAAGAGCAAAAUGGGCUCUCUUGUGCUUGUCACCACCGGAGCUGGCCUAUUCUUUGCCGGAUUCAAUUUAAUCAAAGGCAAAGAUAAAUUCUAUGAUGAUUUUCUAAUGCCAAUUGCUCGGAAAGUUCCACCCGAAACAUCCCAUCGAUUAGCAGUAUUAGGAUGUAAAUAUAAACUUUUUAAUGGAUCUGGCAAAGAAGAUCCACACAUUUUGUCCACACCAUUCUUUAAUACUCAUCUGAAAAAUCCAAUUGGCAUUGCCGCCGGAUUUGAUAAACAAGGCGAAGCUAUCCAAGGUUUGGACAAAAUUGGCUUUGGUUUUGUUGAGAUAGGUUCUGUGACACCAGAAGCUCAACCCGGCAAUCCAACACCCAGAGUUUUUCGACUUAAUUCCGAUCAAGCAAUAAUCAAUCGCUAUGGAUUCAAUAGCGAAGGUCAUCAGGCUGUAUUUGAGCGCUUGAAUGAAUUGAGAAAAGACAAUACAUUCAAGGGAAUUUUAGGCAUAAACUUGGGAAAGAACAAAACUUCACCAAGUGCUCUAGAUGACUAUGUCAAAGGUGUUAACACUUUUGGACCAAUUGCAGAUUAUUUAGUUAUCAAUGUGAGUAGUCCAAAUACGCCGGGUUUGAGAGACUUACAGGGCAAACAAGAUCUAGAAAACUUACUCACAGGAGUUGUAGAGGCACGCAAUAAACUUCCUACCAACAAUUGUGUUCCAAUAUUUGUUAAAAUCGCUCCAGAUCUAACCAAAAAAGAUAUUGAAGAUAUCUCAUCGGUUGUCUUGAAAAAGAACUGCAAAAUUGAUGGCCUAAUUGUAUCGAAUACAACAAUUGAUAAAUCUCAAGUUAGCGAUCAGGAACUGGCCAAGGAAGCUGGAGGUUUAAGUGGGGCACCACUUAAAUCUAAAUCUACACAACUUAUUGCUCAAAUGUAUGCCCAGACGAAGGGCAAAAUUCCAAUUAUUGGUGUUGGAGGUGUAUUUAAUGGUCAGGAUGCAUUUGAAAAGAUCGAAGCGGGUGCUUCAUGUGUGCAAUUGUAUACUGCAUUUAUAUUUUAUGGUCCACCAAUUGUAACAAAAAUCAAAAACGAAUUGGCGGAGAUAUUAAAUGAGCAGGGUUAUAAGAGUGUUUCGGAGGUGGUAGGUAAAAAUUACAAAAAGUACCUUAGUAAGUAGUAGCAAUAA